ACAGUAAAACUAGAAUUACGCAGUUGCUUUUUCUUUCCUCGAUCAUACUUAUUCACUUCAGUUGAUGAAUUUCUACGUUACAGAACUAACCAAUACAAUUAAAAUCAGACUUCUUAGAUCCGCGCCGUAUACUCUGCGUAAGCGAUUGUGAGCAUAUCUUAUAUGUAGGAUCUGCAUGAUUUUAAUGAGAUUGAGAACUAACAGAUAUGAUAUGCACUUUGCUGGGUUUUCCCCCCUCGAUCCAAAUACUCUUUCUGACCCUAUAAUCCGUAUCAGUGCAAAAAUGAAAAAUAAGAGUAGUUAAAAAUGUGGUUCAUUUAUUGACUUUUUCCUCCCAAAAGUUUCAGGAAUUGUUAAUUUAAAAAGAGAUCUUCAGUUUGAAGGAAACGGUAAAUGAUGUAAACUUGUGUCGUCGAUCCUCCAUCUAUAUCUGAAUGAUUAUCAUCUAGAUUGCUAGAAGGUUUACAUUCAGGGGUGGUUGGGUAUCGAGGGAGAAUUCUGUGUCUGAAGUCCCACUCGUCGUGUACAAUAGACAAAAACGUUAGAUUUCUGCAGAUGAUAGAAAAAUAUAUAUUUCAUCAAAAUCAUACAUUAUUAUUUCCGAUUACCAGCAUGUUCUUCUGUAGUUUUCGACACAGAAUAUAUUGUUCUAAAAUUAAUCACACUACAUUAAGAAACUAUAGAUAAGACAGCUAUUGAUAUCAGUUGUCAAUAUGUCACGGCUAUCGUUUUUCGGCCUCUGGAUAACUCUGUUGAUAAAAGUGUGUGCAGCACAAGAGUUCUGUCCAGAGGGUUUUUUCCAAUAUGGCGCGUCCUGCUAUUUCUUUGCUUCUCACAUAGCUGCCGACUGGAUCGAGGCGGGGUCCUUCUGCAGGAGAUUUCAGGGAGGAGAUCUUGUUGCCAUCGAAACACAAUCUGAAAACAAUUUUAUAUACCAGGAGUUACUUAUGAUGCAUGAAAAUAAAACCCGUUUAGAGGACUUUUGGAUUGGUGGCACGGACGAGUUUGUGGAGGGACACUGGACAUGGAUUCCGACGAUGGAGAAAGUAAGUUUUACGGAUUGGUCCCCCGGUAACCCCAGCGACAGUGCAUCAAACGAGGACUGUAUGGAGAUUAUCGUGGGUCACACUGCUCCGACCACCCACUGGAAUGAUGACGACUGCUCGAAGAAAGCUAACUUCAUUUGUGAAGUUCCGCUCUUAGAAGGAUCCCCCAUCAUCGGAUAGUGUAGUUCUAAUGUGUCUACAUGUAUCAGAUAAUCCAGUAAAAUAAAUCUCAUACAGUCGCUA